GUUACACAAGAGCUAAAAAACAUUCAGGUUGAGCAGAUGACAAAACUUCAGGCCAAGCAUCAAGCAGAAUGUGAGCUACUUGAAGAUAUCAGAGCAUUCAGUCAGAAAAGAGCUGCAAUUGAGAAAGAAUAUGCACAGAGCAUUCAGAAGCUGGCUAGCCAAUACUUAAAGAAGGACUGGCUUGGAAUAAAAGCUGAUGAACGAAGUGAUUAUAGGAGCAUGUACUCGGUUUGGAAAUCACUUUUAGAAGGCACGAUGCAAGUGGCCCAAUCCCGACUCAAUAUCUGUGAGAACUAUAAAAACUUAAUUUCUGAACCAGCCAGGACUGUACGGUGCUUCAAGGAACAGCAGUUGAAGAAGUGCGUGGACCAGUUGACGAGGAUCCAGGCUGAAUUACAAGAGACGGUAAAAGAUUUAGCUAAAGGCAAAAAGAAAUAUUUUGAGACGGAACAGAUGGCUCAAGCAGUGCGGGAGAAAGCUGAUAUUGAGGCCAAGUCCAAACUUAGUCUUUUUCAGUCAAGAAUAAGCUUGCAGAAGGCAAGCGUAAAGUUAAAAGCACGACGAUCCGAGUGUAACUCCAAGGCUAUCCACGCAAGGAAUGAUUAUCUUCUCACUUUAGCAGCUGCUAAUGCACACCAAGAUCGCUAUUAUCAAACAGACUUAGUAAACAUUAUGAAGGCUCUUGAUGGAAAUGUAUAUGAUCACCUUAAGGAUUAUUUAAUGGCAUUCAGCAGGACUGAACUAGAGACGUGCCAAGCUGUACAAAACACAUUCCAGUUUUUACUGGAGACUUCCAGCAGGGUGGUGCGGGAUUACAAUCUACAGCUGUUUUUACAGGAGAACUCCGUGUUUCACAAACCGCAGCCUUUCCAGUUCCAACCGAGUGACAGUGACACUAGUCGACAACUGGAAUCGGAAACUGGAACGACUGAAGAACACAGCCUCAACAAGGAGGCUCGGAAAUGGGCUACCCGCGUAGCCCGGGAGCACAAAAACAUCGUCCACAGUCAGCGGACACUUGAAGAGCUAGAAUGCCACGGGCCGGUGAUGUCUGAGCAAACCCGAGCAGAACUGGAGCAGAAAAUAGAUGAAGCCAGAGAGAGUAUUCGCAAGGCUGAGAUAAUUAAGCUGAAAGCAGAAGCCCGUCUUGAUCUGCUGAAGCAGAUCGGUGUCUCCGUGGAUACGUGGCUGAAAAGCGCCAUGAACCAAGUGAUGGAAGAACUGGAAAACGAACGCUGGGCCAGCCUGCCUUCGGUGACCAACAACGGCUCUUCACACCUGAUUAAUGCUGAUGCAGAAAAGGAAGAAGGCGAAGAGUUUGAAGACAGCAUGGAUGUUUUUGAUGACAGUAGUUCUAGUCCUUCUGGUACUCUAAGAAAUUAUCCUCUCACCUGCAAAGUCGUGUAUUCGUAUAAGGCUUCGCAGCCGGAUGAGUUGACCAUCGAGGAACACGAGGUGUUGGAGGUUAUUGAAGACGGAGAUAUGGAAGACUGGGUGAAGGCACGGAAUAAAGUGGGGCAAGUGGGUUACGUGCCGGAGAAGUACCUGCAGUUCCCGACGUCCAGCAGCCUGCUGAGUAUGCUGCAGUCCCUCGCGGCGCUGGAUAGUCGCUCACACACCUCAAAUAACUCCACUGAGGCUGACUUAGUCUCAGGCAGCCUGAAUGGAGACUCCAGUGUCUGUUUUGUAAAAGCACUUUACGAUUACGAGGGCCAGACAGAUGAUGAGCUCUCCUUCCCGGAAGGAGCCAUCAUCCGCAUCCUGAACAAGGAAAAUCAAGAUGAUGAUGGUUUUUGGGAAGGAGAAUUCAACGGCCGCGUUGGGGUGUUCCCAUCAGUAUUAGUUGAAGAGCUUACGGCCUCAGAAAAUGGAGAGACUCAGUGGAUUGGAGAUAUCCAGGUAUCCCCGACUCCGAAGCCUAAUAACUCCCUUCCACCGCUGCCGCUCUAUGACCAGCCUCCCACCAGUCCCUACCACAGUCCGGAUAAAAGAGGUUCUCAGUACUUCCCCAGAUCACCGUCAACUAACGAAAACAGCUUCGGUUCAGAGUCUCCUGGAUUCUCACAGCCUCCACGAAUUCCUCCCGAAACUUCCUAUGGCAAACUGCGACCUGUGCGAGCAGCUCCACCGCCCCCGACGCAGCAUCAUCGCCGGACAACAGAGAAGAUCGAGGACGUGGAAAUUACUCUGGUGUAACGAUUGGACUAGUUCAGUAGUAGUGCUACAAUCAAGACCAAACGCGGUAUUUGGUCGAUCUCGUUUUUAGGCACCUUUGCAUGAUGAAGACUUUAAAUAGAGCAAGAGAUAGGGAGGGGUUUCUGUGGCAGUGACGUGGUGGAUUCCUUCCCACAGUCAUGAAUAUUUUGUG